ACGUCGUUCUUCGUUGUUAAAAAACAAGUCAUUCCUCUCCAAUAGUCUACACGCGGACCAAGUUCCUUCUGUCACUGAAGAUGAAGUCAGCUGCACUGGUACUGCUUAUUGUUGUCGGAAUGGUUUUCACUGUUUUGGGACAAGAGCCUCUCACACCCGACAAGAUUAUCAAGGCUCUGAUGGGCAGUUCUCCUCCCUUCUGGAAAGUGUGCUUCGCUUUGGACAGCAGUGGCAGCAUUAGCGACAAAGAUUGGGAUUAUUCCAAAUCAGCGUCCAGGGACAUCCUUGCCAUCAUUGACAACACCCCAGGGCCGAGAAGCAUAGCCCCCACGAAACACAGGAUUGGUCUGGUCCGCUUCUCUAGCACGAUCCCCACCAGGGUGGUCUUCUCCCUGGGAACGUACCCGCUAUUCAAGAACAAUGAUAUUGCUAUUGGUGACGUGCUUAAAGUAGGGUAUUUGACAGAUACAUACAAGGGUUUGUUACUGUGUGAAAACGAGCUUGGUGUCAACGGCUCACGGCUGGUUUGGGUGACCACAGAUGGCCUACAUACAGUUGGGGGGAAUGCCGUGGAGAAGGCAGAGGCCAUGCAGAAAAAAGGGAUAAUCAUUUGCGUCGUUGCUGUGGGGUCCCAUGCCCAAAUGAAGGUGAUUAAUCGCAUGGCUUCUUUGAUUGACAUCCCGGGCAGCAAUACCAAACAGCGAUGCGUUCUGAACUACAAAACCUUUGAAGCCUUGAGGUCUGACACGUUGAGUGCACUGCAUAGAGUGCUGUCAUAGACAUAAUUCUCCGUCUGCUCGUCUGGUGACAAAACCUGACGACAUAGGGAGUGUUCAGAAUAAACUUAUCGUACCAGCAGCAUCGAUCUAUCUCAGCAGGAAUUCUUGCUAAAUUUCUGUCAAUAUAAUCAUCUUUUAUUAUUUGGCACGCCCCCCCCUCGAGAACCUAGGGUGUUAUUAAGUUUCGUAUGCGCUUGGCUCCUGCGGGUACAAUAAGUUUACUCUGAACGCUCCCACAUACCUUGCGGGGAAGGUGUUACAUUUAUCACUGUUCGUUCUUACAAACUAUGUAUCACAUGUUAUUGUUAGUUUACUCUGAACGCUCCCACAAAUCUUGCUGGGAAGGUGUUACAUUUAUCACUGUUCACUCUUAAAGACUAUCUAUCACAUGUUAUUGUUAGUUUGAGUUUCUUUAUGAAAUUAUUUACAGACAUUAAACAGGAAAUAAACAAAGCACGGCAUAGAAUGAAAAACUGAACACGAGAAUUAUGUCAACGUUUUAAAAUUAUUAAUCAUCAAUCAUUAUUUAUCAUUAUUGAUUGAUCAGAUUUACAUAACUGGGUCAUAUUUGUAUUGCAAACUUGCAGAAUUCCGUGAAUGUAAACAAAAUCACCUGAUUUUUUGAUGGUAUACUCUAACACUAAAACGAUGCUUAAUUACUCAUUAUGCCUUUGAUAUGGCAAUUCUUUAAAUUAAAAUAAUCAACUCCAUGCACAUGCAUAGUAUGUAGCCCGUUCUGUGAGAUGAAAUAAAUUAUUUGAAAUGUGCUUUACUCUCUCUAUUUGCCCAGUAAUAUGACUGAAGCAUAUCUUGACAAACACAUUGACUGUUUUCUUGAACUUUUAUUAAUCCAAUGAUAGUUAAACUAGUUCUGAAACAAUAACUAAGGGUAAUGAUGUUAAAAUAAAUAUACAGAAUAAAA